UUAAACCUCGAUAGCCGAUUCUACCCGAUAUAAGUCACCCAUAUACAUUCGACGGCUUGUAGAAAUCCUUUAGCUAUUAGAUCAGCCAAUAUAGCUACUUCUAGCUUAGGAUUUCGGAAUGAGCCGACUCUAGAAAGGCUUUUAGUCACCAGCCCGACUCGUUCAUCCCUCUUGACAUUUAGAACAGAGGAAAAGAUCGAACAAGAAUCUAGAGAGAUUAAUGCUCAGUUAUUCGAGAAUGUUUGCUUUAAAAUAUUUAAGGAAAGGUUAAAUCAUGCCUACAAGCAAGAAUGGUCCUACUUCUUGGUCGCUACAGAGAGUUGAAAUUAAUUCAAGCGAUUUCUAAGAUAAAGAUGCCAGUGAUGUCUUACAUCCAAUUGAUAGAAGCUGAGUAUAGAAGUAAGCAUUUCAGAAAUUUUGAUGCCAAAUCGACCCUAACUGCUACUGAGACCUUGCACAAUUUGAUGUGAGAAGAGUGAAGAGCAUUAGAUAUUUUAAUACAUUUGUCAGUCUUUGCUUAACUACACCCCAGCAAUUUUUCAUAAAUGGAUUCAAAAAGUUAGCCCAGAUCUCAGUCUCUAGUAUCAACAAGAAGAGUUAAAGAGAUUGUUUGCACCAAGCAAGCAUACAGAUUCUCUUGGGAUCAUGAAUUCUACAUGAUCUCUCCCAAGUGAUCUUGACUAUUCAGAUUGAUUUAGAGGAGCGACCCUCAAAAGACUUCACUUUAAGUCUUAAAGAUAGUCAACCAGGAUGAUGAAGAUGGAAGUACAUAUAUAAACCAGAAAGUUUUGUUUCAGGGUUGGCUAAACCCCAUGAUCUUAAGAAGAGCCUUGAGGAAAUCCUCAUCGAAAGUGAAGUCAAUUCCCCUAAACUCUGUAAAGAACUUCUGGCUAAAUAUGGAUUGGCC